UCUAGAAUAUACGUGGAGUACAUGGAUUGCUACUAAUGCCGAACCCCUGUAUAAUUUCUUUUCCUCCACUCAGUUGUUCAGUCCCACCUACUCAUCUAUAUUAAGAAUAAGAACCUUGAACCAAGCAUUAACUUGUUCUGCAUCUUUUCCAUCCUCUCUCUCUCAACUAACACCAUGGUUUUGGUUGAUGCCAAAGGCGAGGCUGAAAUUGAUGAAAACGUAGUAGAUGUCAAGGGGAAUCCCGUGGACAAGUCGCGGACCGGUGGAUGGCUCGCUGCAGGCCUCAUCUUAGGGACUGAACUCUCUGAGAGGAUAUGCGUGAUGGGAAUCGCAAUGAAUUUAGUGACUUACUUGGUUGGAGAUUUGCAUCUUUCAUCAUCCAAGUCAGCAAAUACUGUCACCAACUUCAUGGGCACCCUCAAUCUCCUUGGCCUUCUCGGCGGUUUUGUAGCCGACGCUCGGCUUGGCCGUUACUUGACUGUUGCAAUCUCUGCUUCCAUUACUGCUUUGGGCGUCACACUGUUGACACUAGCCACAAUUAUCCCUAGCAUGAGACCCCCUCCAUGCACAGACUCAAGAACACAACAAUGCAUCGAAGCCACCAGCCGCCAACUAGUUCUGCUAUAUGCCGCCCUCUACAUGACGGCACUAGGUGCUGGGGGGAUAAAGUCUAACGUCUCAGGUUUUGGGUCCGACCAAUUUGAUACAAGAGAUCCCAAGGAGGAGAAGUCCAUGAUCUACUUCUUCAACAGGUUCUACUUCGGUAUCAGCACUGGCUCCCUAUUUGCUGUAACAGUGCUAGUAUACAUACAAGACAAUGAAGGAAGAGGAUGGGGGUAUGGGAUUUCAGCAGGGACGAUGGUAAUAGCUGUUGCUAUAUUGCUGUAUGGAACAAGCUUUUAUCGGUACAAGAAGCCCCAAGGGAGCCCUUUGACUAUUAUAUGGAGGGUGGUUCUAUUGGCUUGGAAGAAGAGGAGUCUUCCUCAUCCUUCCGACCCCACCUUCUUGAAUGAGUACCACAAAGCCGAAGUCUCGCAUACGCAAAAGUUCAGGUGUCUUGACAAGGCUGCAAUCCUGGAUGACUACGCAGCUGCCAACGGAAACAGAAACAACCCUUGGAUAGUCUCAACAGUGACUCAAGUAGAAGAGGUGAAAUUGGUACUGAAGCUAAUCCCCAUAUGGUCCACCUGCAUCCUCUUUUGGACAAUCUACUCUCAGAUGAACACCUUCACCAUUGAACAAGCCACCUUCAUGAACCGACACAUUGGGUCCUUCGUUGUCCCUUCAGGCUCUUUCUCCUUCUUUCUCAUCAUCACAAUUCUCCUCUUCACAUCCCUAAACGAAAAGGUUUUCGUCCCUUUGGCACGAAAACUCACCCACAACAACCAAGGAAUCACAAGCCUCCAGAGGAUUGCAGUUGGACUAAUUUUCUCAGCAGUUGCCAUGGUAGCUUCUGCUCUAAUAGAGAAGCACAGGAGAGAAAUGGCUGUAAAUCAGAACACUCAAAUUAGUGCCUUCUGGCUAGUCCCUCAGUUCUUCCUUGUGGGUGCUGGGGAAGCUUUUGCUUACGUUGGACAGCUGGAGUUUUUCAUCAGAGAAGCACCGGAAAAGAUGAAAUCUAUGAGCACAGGGUUUUUCUUAAGCACUCUAUCAAUGGGAUACUUUGUGAGUAGUUUGCUGGUGUCUUUGGUGGAUAAGGUGACGAAAGGGAACUGGCUUCGAAGCAACUUGGAUGAAGCUAAACUGGAUAACUUCUACUGGAUACUUGCGGUGCUAGUAGUGUUGAAUUUCUUAGUUUUUCUUGCCUUUGCAGCCAAACACCAGUACAAGGUACAGCCCACUACAAGUCACGGUCGGGAGAAGGAGCUCAAGAUUUGGAACGAUGGGUCGAUUGAAGAUCCAGAGAAGAAUAAGAGUGCCAAAGAAAAAGAGGGACCUUAGAACAAGCACUUCCAAAUUAUUUUCCAGAACAGCUACAUUCUUCAUUUUCUAAAACCAUCUCUGGCAGGAAUAACCCAAAGUUCAAAUUUAUCUUACACUCUUAUCAAGAAGGUACAAAUGUAUAAACAUCUUGCCAGUUAUAUGGAAUGUAGUAUUGAUGUC